AGUAUGUGUGUCAGUAUGUCUCAGGGCUCUCCGAGGAGCAGUUCCAGCUGUUUCUGGAACAUCUCUCCCUGUGUAGCCGGGAACACGGCUGUGCUGAGAAUUUGAGGCUCUGGACAGAGACGCUCUCUCAGGCCUUCUCCCACUGUGACUGUGCUAAGACUGGGUGUCUGGACAGACAGAGAGUGUUGGUCCUGCUGCUGCGUUUCUACCAUGAUCAGAAUGAGAGCACACAGGAGUCCAUGCAUGAUCCUAACCACUGGCCAUUACAAGGACACAACCACAUGACUUGUGGUCUCCUUGGAAGCCCUGUAGCCAUGGACACAGAGAAGACCUGUACGCAAUGUGACGCUGGACAGGGGGACAUGCCGCAUCCUUGCCAUGAGAUAAAGGGGGGAGAAGAGAGGAAGGGAGAGGGGAARAGGGUUACCCCCACAGAGAGCCUMGAGCUGGGGCACCAAACUGCCAUAAACAGCCCAGAACCUCCAGAGGACCGAGGGAACAUAGAAGAGGUCAUGAAGGGGUCAGGGUCAGACACCCCAGCGCUGAACAUAGAGGAGCUAUGUGUUGUCAUGGAGUCUGGUCCCCUACCUGAAGAAGCAGAGGAUCCUGGGUCACGCUGGACCAUGUGUGCCUAUGACAGUCAGACGGUGAGCCGAGGGCAGUUCCUGCAGCUUGUGCUCAGUUUCCUGGGCAGAGCAUCCAGUGGUGCUAUGGUGGACAGCCUGGCUGAACACAUCAAAGCUGGCRACAGAGAGAAAGAGAGUGAGAGACUGCGCCGGCUGCAGCAGUGUAACCGGCAGAAAGAAGAAGACAGGAGGUCAAAGGAGGUGACGUCUCUUUUCUUCUCCUGGGACAGCGAGGGCAGAGGAGCCGUGGACAGAGAGGAGGUGGAGAGAGAGCUGAGUCUGUACAAGGAUGGAGCAGAGGAAGGGGCCUUACAGAGAGCCUGGCAGCAUGGUGAGCCACCUCUCUCCAGCUGCUCUGUCCUCUCUCUGGGACAAUUCCAGGCCUUACUGAGGGCUUUCCUGGUGGAGCUGCCUCCAGAGGAGGGCUCAGGGGUCUGGGCCUUCCAGGAGCUCCUGGUCUACCUGCAGGAGCGGGCAACCCUACGAGGGGGCAAGGACAGGGGCAGAGGGGCRACCAGGCAGGCCUGGCUGCAGGAGAUUGGGAGAGCAGCCCAAAGAGGUGCAGCCCAGAUGGAGCCUGUUUAUGGGUCUGUGUUUAGCGCCGUGCUCAGAGAUGCGGAGGUGAAUGCGGAGGGGAAGCUGWUGAGUGUCUCUGUAGCCCUGCUGGAGGAAGAGGCCUCUAUGCUGCGUUACGUGGCCUGUACUACUGAAGAUGCCCGUCUGGUUCUCAACAAGAUGCUCCAGCCACACCAGGCCCCUGUCAGUUUCUCGGCCAUAGAGAGCUGUAGUCCAGUGCACGUGCCCAGAGUGGGCGCUCACGGAGGGGUGUACCUUUUCGACGAGUCUCGAGCCUCUUCACAGUGUUAUGGCUCGUUUAUCGCCAUUCCCAUAUUGGACCCCCGAGAGCAGGGACGAGCUAUUGGGGUGCUGGGUCUCGACACACUCCGAGAUUCAAACGACACACACCUGUUCUCACGCCAUGAGAUAGACUUCUACCAGGGCGUGAGCAGUGAAUUCAGCAGAGCUCUCCAGCACGUGGUGACUCGCUGCAGCAUACUGCACAUUGUGGAGAGCGCCUCACUCUGGCUACACAGCAGAGUCUCUGCCAUUCACAGUAUCACCACCUAUCUGAUGGAGCCUUCAGAUGGACAGGGCAGUGACUACUCUCUGAGGAAGAUGAUGGUGAUGGAGGGCGGUUCUAGUCGCUCCCAUUGGCUCUCCCCUCCUCCUUCCUUACGGCGCUCAGAUCACUUCUCCAGAGACUACCUGUUCCAGUGCUGUGACACCUCCCAGGUUGGGCACUAUGUCGUGUUUGGGGCGUACAGACUGGUGCUCCCUGUGAGGGACUCAGCUGGGUGGGCCCUGGGGGUGGUGGACAUGGAGUUAGAAACCCUCUCAUCGGGCCACCAGAGGGGGCUGCAGCCCAACGAGCYCCGGGACCUGUCUGCUGCAGGGAAGGCACUGCAGGCUGCCUGUGUUCAGCUGCACAGAGAAAUCACUGAGCCGAGCAGGCAACACACACUGCUGGAGGCGAAGGGCCAGGGAGGGGAGCGGCGGGCGUCCAUCUUGUUCCUAUGUUUCAUGCUGGAGCACCUGCGCGUUCGCUGUGUGUCCGGAUUGGACCAAUCAAUUGUAGCGGCGCUCCAGAGCUCCCAGGAUGCAUCUCACCACUUCCAUGUCAGUCAAGUCGUGAAGGCGGUGCUUCUACUGCUGUACCCUGAAAGGGAGGGUACUAUCCAUACAGAUGAUUGGGACCAAAUGAAGAUGAUGGUGAGCACUGAUCUGGGCUACAGGCUGGCCAGGUUUGAACCCUUAGCCAGGGCAGUGAGAGUGGACAGGGAGCUGGUCCACAGCUGCAUAGCAGGAGUUGAAAGGAGGGAGUUGGGGCAACAUGGAUCAUUACCACUGGAGGACCUGUAUGACUGGGUAUCCAUCUGUUUGUCUAUCUGUUCCUACUAGAUUCAAGUUUYAAAGUUUAUUCACUACGUACACAGGAUACAACAGGCAUAAAACAGUACAGUGAAAUUCUUACCUUGAGAGGUCUUUCCCAACAAUGCAGAGAUAAUAAAAAMAAUAUAGAUAAUAGAACAUGAAKAAAUUUAAUUUAAUUAAAAACCAUACAAGAACAGCGAUGUGAGUUAGAAACAUGAGAAUGCAAGUAUAUACAGGUCAGUGCUAGUACCUUAUUCGAUUUGCAGGGGUACUGGAGUGGUUGAGGUGGGUUUAUACAUAAAAAAGUGACAGGUUGUAGGAUAUACAGUUGAAGUCGGAAGUUUACAUAAACCUUAGCCAAAUACAUUUAAACUCAGUUUUUCACAA